AUGGGCUCAGAAGCUGUGACGGUGGAUGUGCUGGUCGUUGGCGCCGGGGUGGGCGGGAUCUACGCCACGCACCGGCUCACCAAGCUCGGCCUCAGUGUACGAUGCAUCGACAUGGCCGGCGACGUGGGCGGGACGUGGUACUGGAACCGCUACCCCGGGGCGAUGAGCGACACGGAGAGUUACCUGUACCGCUACUCGUGGGACAAGGAGGACCUGCAGAGCUACCCCUGGACGCACCACUAUGUCUACCAGCCGGAGAUCCUGCGCUAUCUGGAGCAUGUCGUGGCCAAGCACGAUCUGCGGCGGUACAUGCAGUUCAACACGGAGAUGACGGCCGCGACGUGGGACGAGGCCCUGGGCCGGUGGCACAUCGAGUGUGCUGGUGCUGGUCGUCAUCCCGGGUUCGUCGCCCGCUAUCUGGUCAACUCGCUCGGCCUGCUGUCCGCCCCAAACUACCCAGCCAUCCCCGGGCUCGAGUCCUUUGCCGGCGAGCUGGUGCACACGGCGCGGUGGCCCGAAGGCCUGGCGCUGGCCGGCAAGCGGGUGGGCAUCAUCGGGAACGGGUCGACGGGCGUGCAGGUCAUGACGGCCAUUGCCCCCGCGGUGGGCAGCCUGACCUCCUUCCAGCGGCACCCGCAAUACUCGGUGCCCAGCGGGCAGGGCCCGGUGCCCGGGGGCUACCGGGCGGGCAUCAACGCCCGGUACGACGAGAUCUACGCCGGGGUGUGGGCGUCCAGCGUCGGCUUCGGGGUGCCCGAGUCGACGCGCAAGACCAUGGAGGCCAGCCCCGAGGAGCGCCGCCAGGCGUUUGAGGAGGUAUGGCGGCAGGGCAACGGGUUCCGCUUCAUGUUCAGCGCCUUUGGCGACAUCACCACCGAUGUGGCCGCCAACGGCGCCGCCUGCGACUUCAUCCGCCGCAAGAUCGACGCCAUCGUGCAGGAUCCCCGCAAGGCCGCCAUCCUCAAGCCCCGGGACCUGUACGCCCGCCGCCCCCUGUGCGAUUCCGGCUACUACCAGAUCUUCAACCUCCCCCACGUCGACGUGGUGGACCUCCAGGCCACCCCGAUUGACGCUCUUGUGCCGCAGGGGAUCCGCACCGCCGAUGGCACCCUGCACGAGCUGGAUGUGUUGAUCUUCGCCACCGGGUUCGAUGCCUUUGAGGGCAGCUACCUGCGCAUCCGCAUCAAAGGCCGCCAGGGGAGGACCCUCAAGGACCACUGGGCCGCCGGACCGACCGCGUACGGCAGCAUCGCCUGUGCCGGGUUCCCCAACAUGUUCCUCAUUGCCGGCCCGCAGGGGCCCUUUGCCAACUUCCCGCCCGUCAUUGAAAGCGAGACCAACUUCCUGGUUGACUGUAUCCAGCACGCCGAGCGCAAGAAGACCAUCAUGGAGGUCACGUCGGCCGCCGAGAAGGCGUGGGGGGCGCUCUGUGACCAGCUGGUUGCCGGCUCGCUUUUUCUCACCACAGACAGCUGGGUGUUUGGGCGUAAUAUCGAGGGCAGACGGGCGAGCACCAAGUUCUAUUUCGGAGGGCUCAACCGCUAUCUGGAGUGGGUGGAUGGGGAAAGGGAGGGGGGGUUUGUUGCAUUCAAUGGUAGUUCUCUGCCAGAUGCGUGA